AUGCCAGGACAAGAAGUACAUGAGAACGAUAGUGCUGCAACAACGGGUGUCUCUUGUGGUUGUUUUCCUUGCCGACGACAAAACAACAAUAAUAGUAGGCCGAGAAAGACCAAAUGGAAGCGCCAACGGCCAAAGAAAUUGCAGUUUCUCAAACCAGCUUCCAAACGAACCGAAUAUCACGAUGCUCAAGACAAUUUGGACAAACUGACGGGGAUUGAGCAAAGUGGCAAGAGUGCCAUGAGAGGAGACGAAGAAGCGUCGAGAGGGUCCCUCUUUUUCUUUGAUGCUGUAGAGAAUCCACUGGGCGAAGAUGAAUACCCACCAAUAUUUACCACGGCCAUUCAACAUCCGAAACGUCGGGUCACCUUGGAAGAUCCCAUCACCAUGCUGCAUCAUGCUCCCACUGAUCGAGUAAGUGAUGAUGACGACGGCGACGACGAGUUAUUGACGAGACAAGGACCUAUUGCCGAUCACCUCAGUGGAUCCCAACGCUUUGAAACCAUUUCCAGAAGGCCCACUCUGGAACAUACCAAGGCACUUCAAGGCCCGAGAGUACCUCAAGCCGAAAAGGGUUUCCCAGGUGGUUUGACAGUGGCCGAAUUGGAAGAAUGUCAAAAAUUCCUGCGAGGACUCAAGUUGCUCGACCCGGGUGUCAUGAAUCAAGUGUACAGUUUUCGGGAUGUCGAAGAAGAACCGUAUACGAUUUGCCGAUGGUUACGGGCCACCAAAUUCAACGCGGAUGAGAUUUUGCAACGCCUUGCGGAAAAUCAAGCCAUGUUUGAAAAAGCCCAAGCGGCCGAAUUUUAUCCCCAACCGGAUGUUGCGAUUGGUGCCCCCGUGUCGGUAUUUUUGACCCAAUAUCCCUUCUUGCCCAUUGGAUCGGCCAGAAAUGGAUGCCCGGUCAAUUAUUUCAUGGCGGGUAAGAUUAAUCCCGAAGGGAUUUGGAGCAUGACGACUGUGGAGAGGUUAGAAGGAUUCUUUUGGUGGUCCUUCAUGUGGAAAAUGAAGGCCGAAGUCCGCAAGGCACAAACACAAGAUCCAGACUUUGUGCGCAUGGAGGGAAUUAACAUUGUGGACCUCAAGGGACUUUCGUCCAAUGCACUCAGUUCGGAAACCAUGGACGUGAUCAAAUUAUCUUCCAAAGUGGCAGAUUUCUUCCCCGAAACCUUGCAUUGCAUGCUAAUUUUGAAUGCGCCUGGGUUCUUUUCCUUUUCGUGGGGUCUCAUUAAAAAAUUCUUGGACCCACGCACGGCGGCUCGGAUUCAAGUCUUUUCCAGUGAAACCAAGGGCAUGGAGGCCUUGAAAGGAUUGAUUGACACGAGUCAAAUUCCAGAAGAUUACGGAGGUGGCAACAUUUCGACCCACGAUGCCUUUGCCAAGCAAGCGGCGGAUCCAGCAUUGUUGCGACAAGAUGUGGAAUUGAUUCAUGUCAAGCGAGGAAAGACGACCAAUUCGAACAAUGUUUGGAAUUUGCAAAAGGACGAAUCCAUGGCCGUGAGUGUCUAUACUCGAUCCGUUUCCGGUGCCAAGGUUGUGGCCCAAUUGAAUGGAGAAACCGUGACCAGUCCACAACAACAAGUCGUCCAAUGCGAAUGGCAACCGGAUGAUGACGGAGGAAGCAAACCUCUUCCCAAUUGCGUCCAAUUGACCACCAUUAAAGGACCUGGAAUGGUUACCAUGGAAGUCCAGGACUUGGACAAUGCCGAACGAGCUCACAGUGGAAUGUCGAGGGGCUACUUUUUGGUCGUUGGCGAUGUUACAAAAUCAUGA